AUGUCAAGCAGAAUCCUGGGUCGCCGGCAAGAUUUCACUGACGGCUUUGGGCUUUGUUCUCCUGGGCGUUGGCCUCCGAACCGUCGACGCUGUGCUGCUGACACUCCUGCACUCGCGCUGGCCGAACACAUGGGGGCAGGUUUGCUGGAUUUUCUGCGGAGCCGACUUGAUCUACACACCUUGGUUGCGAAGUUUGCUGACGGUAAAAUCGCCUCGUGUCCAUUCAGUGAUGAGUUGGUAGCUGAGGGGCGUGAGCUAGUCUUCAGCAUGUUGGAAAGCGCCGGUGCGGCGCUCCCUGUGCGAGAAAAGUCACAAGGGCAGCCUUUUUAUCUCGCUGCCUUGGAAGAAAUCUUGAGGGUUUCUGGAGAUCCAGACUAUCGGGCCUUCUUCUCAUCCAGUGUGUCUUUUGCGAAAGGUGUGAGGUUGGGUCAUGCGUCCAAGCUUCCACGAGUGCCCGCCGUUUUCGAGAAGAAAACCAAGUGGAGGCGAUACGAGGAUGAAGCAGAAGGCCAGAUCUUGCGUGAAAAUUGCAUCUCUGCGAAACAGCACGCUGACGUGGUGCAACAGCAGUUCCUUGCUGCAGUUAAACUCGGUGCCAUGGACGAGAUGUCCUUGAAAUCUGCCAGAGAUAAGUUUGGUGGAGAUCCAGCAGUUGCCUCGCUGGGCGCUAUUGAGAAAAAGGACGGCAGCCACCGCGUUGUGCAUGAUGGAACGCACGGUGUAGGAGUGAAUGCACGUGUCAAGUUUAGGGUUUAG